CGGGACGGCACCGGCCACUACCUGUGCAACGCCUGCGGCCUCUACAGCAAGAUGAACGGCCUCAGCCGGCCCCUCAUCAAGCCGCAGAAGCGCGUGCCUUCCUCGCGGCGGCUUGGAUUGUCCUGUGCCAACUGCCACACCACCACCACCACCUUAUGGCGCCGGAACGCGGAGGGCGAACCCGUGUGCAAUGCGUGCGGGCUCUACAUGAAGCUCCACGGGGUGCCUCGACCACUUGCUAUGAAAAAAGAGGGAAUUCAAACCAGGAAACGAAAACCUAAAAACAUAAAUAAGUCAAAGACUUGCUCUGGUAAUAGCAAUAAUUCCGUUCCUAUGACUCCAACUUCAACCUCUUCUAACUCAGACGACUGCAGCAAAAACACUUCCCCUCCGACACAACAGACAGCCUCAAGGGCGGGGGCCCCGGUGAUGUCCAGCGCGGCCGACAGUGCCAACCCCGAGAGCAGCGAGCUCAAGUAUUCGGGUCAGGACGGGCUCUACAUCGGUGUCAGUCUGGCCUCGCCGGCCGAAGUCACAUCCUCCGUGCGACAGGAUUCCUGGUGCGCUCUGGCCCUGGCCUGAGCUGCGCUGCUGGGAGGCGGGGAGGACUUCACCGGGGUCCGCACCCCUGAGUCCCCACGGUGGUGACCACGCAGAUGGAACAUUCCUCGGAUGCGGGAUUCUGUGCCUUUGCUUUGAAAGAGACUUACCAGCCAGAGGCCUGCGAGUGCAGGAGAAGGGCUCUUCCGGGCCUGAAGGGCCAGCGCCACCUCCAGCCGCCCUGCAGCCCGGGGACCGGCCCGGGGACCCGCCCGGCCUCCCCUGCUGAGAAGGAUAGAGAGUUUCGUGGAAAGAUUUCCUAGCAUUGUCCCAAAUCGUGUGUUUCUUCUGAUCCAUUGGUUAUUCCAGAACUUCUUCACAUCGCGGGAGGCCUCUUGGUGCACGUCGUGGGAGCUGGGUCGGCUCUAGAGGAGGUCUGGCAGAGAGCGCCCCUCAGCUUGCAAGGCUAGGUCUAACUCUAACUACACUGUGACUGACGUCCAAGUUCAGCUCGCGUGACCGCUGUGAGGUCGGUCGCCGUUUGUAAACAGGGUAGCAAACAAAAUAUUUUUCUUCCAUGUAUACAAUAAUUUUUUUUUUAAAAAGUGCAAUUUGCGUUGCAGCAAUCAGUGUUAAAUCAUUUGCAUAAGAUUUAACAGCAUUUUUAUAAUGAAUGUAAACAUUUUAACUUAAUGGUACUUAAAAUAAUUUAAAAGAAACAAUGUUAACUUAGACAUUCUUAUGCUUCUUUUACAAACACAUCCCAUUUCUAUAUUCCCAAUGGUUGAAGAAAAACGAUUUCAAGAACAAAUCUUCUCAGGAAAAUUGCCUUCGUCCACUUGUUGAGGAUUUUUAUACAAGAACCCCAUUGUACCCCCUUUCUUGGACUGUGGAAUAUGUGCUGGAAGAACUUUACUACCUAACGAAUAGCAUUUGUAAAUAUCUGGGCAUCUGUAAACACUCGGAGGUUGUACAGUGUGACUGACCCACAGGUUGGUUUACAUUCUUUUUUUUUUAAAAUGGGAUGUCCUAUGGAAACCUAUCUCACCAGAGUUUUUAAAAUAAAAAGGGUAUUGUUUUGUGUUC